CGGCUCUUCAAUACCUUAAAAACAGUAUAGGCUGCUAUAAAAAAUUUAUUUUCGUCACAAGAAAAAAACAUGACUUCUGAAAUAGAUCUAGAUGAUUUCCCAACAUUAAAAUUAAAACAUGUCCAUGUCAAGGACAAAAAAAAUUUAUUAAGGACAAUAAACACAAUGUUGACAGGUGGAUGUAAUUCUUUACAGAUAGUUACAGAUUUUGAUUUAACAUUAACAAAACAACAUAUAAAUGGAAAAAAGGUUCUUAGUAGUUUUGGAAUUUUUAGCAAAUGCAAGCAACUUCCAGAAAUAUAUACAAAAGAAUCAAAUCGUCUUUAUAAAAAGUAUAGGCCGAUUGAAAUAGAUCCUGAUUUAUCAAUUCAAAUAAAAACAGAAGCAAUGACAGAUUGGAUGAUAGCUGCAGAAGAAAUACUAAAAGGAAUACCUUUUGAUCCUAAUGAAAUAUCAGAAGUAAGCAAGAUUUAUGGAACAAAUUUAAGGGAUGGUACAAAAGAACUUUUAACGAAAUUAUAUCUUGCUGAAGUUCCAGUACUGGUUUUUAGUGCUGGUUUAGGAGAUAUUGUUCAAGCUAUUUUAGAAAACCAAGAAAUUUUAUUUAAUAAUGUAAAGAUAAUCUCAAAUUUUCUUAAGUAUGAAGAUGGGAAAUUAGCAGGAUUUCAAAAUAAAGGACUAAUUCAUGUUUUUAAUAAAAAUGAACAUGCUAUAGAACAAGAAUAUUUUAAAGUUUUUGAAAAAAGAAAAAAUAUUCUUUUAAUGGGUGAUACUAUAGGUGAUGCAUCAAUGGUUGAUGGAAUGUUAAAUACAUGUGCUGUUUUAAAAAUUGGUUUUCUUUAUGAUAAUGUUGAAAGUAGUCUGGCUUCAUAUAUGGAAAAAUUUGAUAUUGUCUUAGUUGAUGAUCAAACAAUGCAAGUUCCAAUUGAUAUAUUACGAUUAUUAUUAUAAAACAAUUCAACUUUUUAAUUUUUAUUAUUUAUAAAGUAUUUUUUUUUCACUUUUAAUCUCUAUCUUAAUUGCAAUUUAUUUAUUU